AUGAGAUAUUUGAUGGGUCGGGCAGGCAGUAGCAGUAGUCCGAGAAGCUCGUAUUUCAACGCGAUUGGCCCAUCCGACACGCCGUUUAAAUUGGCCUCUAGUUUAGUCAAGGCAGCAGCAGCAGCAGCAGUAGGUAGGGCUGCUGCUGCUGCUGCUGCUGGCUCUUCUUGGAGCUUAGCUUACAUGUUCUCUGUGAGUAAUUUGAGUAGUGAUCUGUAG